AUGUUUGGAGGGCCACUGCACGUGUGGAACAAAUGUGCGAUCCAAGUCCUCGUACUACUCAGCUUCGGUCUGCAAAUCAUUCUCCUUAUCCUUGCCUCUACCCGCCGGCGCAGAUCCUCCACCUUGCCGCGGAUCUUCCUGAGGGUGCUUCUUUGGCUCGCCUAUCUCAUGGCCGACUCCACCGCUAUAUACACUCUUGGCCACCUUUCCAUCAAUGGUUGGUUGCCCGAACACGAGCUGGUGGCAUUCUGGGCGCCAUUUCUCCUCUUACAUCUUGGUAGCCAGGACAACAUCACCGCCUACGCCCUCGAGGACAACCAGCUCUGGCCACGCCACCUUCUAACUCUUGGUGUCCAAACCGUUGGAGUUUGUUAUGUCAUGUAUAAACAUAUGACCCACGAACCAGCCAUGGUGGUAGCAGCCAGCUUGAUGUUCAUGGUUGGUUUCCUCAAGUACUUGGAGAGGACAUGGUCCCUCAAGCGUGCCACCCUUGACAAUAUCCGAAGCUCGAUCAAGGCUCGACCCUCUAGGGAUGCGCCGGUAGGGUCAAAGAAAAAUCAUACACGAGACCCGGAUGAAGAAGAGCUUCUGUUAUUUGCUCACCAUGUGCUCCCAACUUGCAUGGCUGCACUGACUGAUUAUUCUGAGGAUUCGGGUAAAGUUUCCCGACAUUGGAAAGGGGGGCAUAUUGGCAAGGUAGUCGAGAUGGAGCUCUCCCUCAUGUAUGACAUCCUCUACACCAAGGCAACGAUGAUCCACGGUUGGUAUGGCUACUUUCUCCGUGUCAUCUCACUGAUCUCCACUCUUGCUGCAUUACGGUUGUUUCAUUUCUAUGGUAAACAUGGUCAUGCCAAAAUUGAUGUUAUUAUCACCUACAUCUUGUUUGGUGGUGCACUGUUUCUGGACACGGUGUCGUUAGUCAAGGCUGCAAUGUCAAGCUGGACAUGUGAUUUAUUGGAAAAUAAAGGAGGAUGGGGUAAGAUGCUUUGUAGGAGAAUUCGGUCUUCCCGUCGGCUUGUGAAGGCGGCAUCUAGGAGAGGGUGGUCAGGAUCCGUUGGGCAGUAUAAUUUGUUUGACGUGUGCUCUCGUGACACGACCAAGACAAGCAUCAGAGUAUUACGGAUGAUGAAGCUCGAUGAUUGGUGGAAGAAAUAUCAGCACAAGGGGACCUUAGUGAUUCAAAGGGAUGUCAGGGAGUUGUUGUAUGAAGCGAUAUGGCGGACGAUUAAGAAUAAUGAUGAUCUCUCUGGGCUGUUCGACGUGAAAUUACCGGAAGGUAAUAUCGAGCUUCAGGAUGUGAUCUUUGUCUGGCACAUCACCACCAAUAUCGUCCUCUCGUAUCCCGAAGCAAACACAGUACAAUCCCCGUGUGUGGGGGCGAUCAACGCCCUCUCGAACUACAUGAUGUAUCUGGCCGUGGCACGGCACGACAUGCUACCAGCCCUUAAGGUCCGCAGCAUGUGUGAGCAAACCAGCGAUGCUCUGCAGGACAUAUGGAGUGAAGCGACUUCGUGCCAAAGGACGGCAGGUUUUGGGCCCAUACUGCGUGCCCUGGAUAUAAGGAGGCCGUCUUGGUACCACGACUCCGACCGCCCGUAUACUACGGUCAUCUAUGGAACCUUGUUUGCCAAGGAACUGCUACCUGAGGCAGUGGAACAUUCCGCCAAUGAAAUCCAUAGAAGUGCACGCUCGGAAGAUCGCAUGGAUAAGCGUUGUCGUAACAUUCUUUGGCGCAUAGUGCCUGAGGCAUACACAACUGGCAAUCUGUCUGUGGAAGUGCUUCUAAAGCUCAUCUUGGACGCAUGGGUGCGUAUGCUUGUCGCUGCGUCAAUCAGAUGCAGCAGGGAGUCCCAUGCCAAGCAGCUCAGCCGUGGCGGUGAGCUCAUAACCAUCGCCUGGAUCCUGACAGAGCACUUCCAUAGGCCUGCUCGUCGGUGA